UUUAGCUUUCAUCAAUAAUUGUCUCUCCUUCUUGUGAACCAACAAAAACUCACAAUCACUAAAUAAAAAAAGUCCUGAAUUUUUAGACAGAGAAAUGGAUCAAAAAUUGCCCGUUGUAGCUAAAAAGUUCUACAAGAUAGUCCGUGUGGCUUACUUCAUGCUAAGAAAUGGAUUAUCAUCAAAGAGAAAACUAAUGUUCGAUCUCAAUUUACUAAUGAAACGUGGUAAGAUUGCUGGCAAAGCCGUCUUCCAAAAUCUGAUGUUCCAGGGCCAUAAUAAUAUUAAUCAUGGCCAUCAAUCAUCGUCAAAAGAGUAUUACGAGUUCAGCUGCAGUAACAGUCCAGCUUUCCAUCUCCCCUUCCACAUCAACAAGCGCAUUAAUAAGCAUAAUCAGACUGAACACGACGACGUUUCAAUGAUGAACGCUGCUGUUUUGAAGGCAUUAGAAAUGCUUCAGAGCGAAACAGCAUCACCUGCUUUGCCUGGAUUUGGAAGGACUCCAACGGUGAGGCAAUUAAGAAUCACUGACUCGCCUUUUCCUCUAACAUCAGAUACUGAUAACGGUGAAAUGAUCAACCACGUAAACGAAAAAGCUGAUGAAUUCAUUUCUCGAUUCUACAGAGAUUUGAGAAGAGAAGCUUCCACCUUUGCUUAGUUUUUUUGUUGUUGUGAUAUUCCAGAAUUUCUUAGAGGAGAAACUCGAAAAAAUAAAAUAAAUUUUGAGUUUAUAAAGGUGAUGAUAAUUUGUAAUUUCAUCCCAUAAUUAAUACAUUCAAGGCUGUGAGUAGUCCUGAAAUUUUGCAUUCA